CAUAAAAAUAAUUAUUCAACAAUAAUGGAAAUCGAGAAAAACGAAAUAAAAAAUUUAUUGGACAAAGAAAUUUACAAUGAAAAGCAGGUUAAUUCAACAUUUCUCGAAGAAUUAUAUAACUUACGAAAGAAUAUUGUUUGGGAAUUCACAUCACUUCAUAUUUUAUGGCAUAUUAUUUCUAUUUAUGGAUAUAUGACUUAUCCAUUCGGGAGUCAUAAAUUAACAACACUUUGGUUUUUGUUGUAUGGACUGUACACUGGAUUUGGAAUAACCGGUGGUAUUCAUCGAUACUGGACACAUCGGACAUACAAAGCAAAAACGCCUCUUCGAUUAUUUUUGGCUGGUGCUUAUUAUGGUGCAGGCAUGUUUCCAAUACGACAAUGGGUCAAGAUUCACAGAAUUCAUCACAAAUAUACGGAUACGGAUUCCGAUCCGCAUAAUGCAAAGCGCGGUUUCUUUUAUUCACAUAUAGGAUGGCUGAUGCAGAAGAAGCAUCCGGAAUUUUACAAGCGGCUAAAGGAAAUCGACAUGACUGAUAUUAACGAAGAUCCCAUAGCAAAUUUCGGUGAUAAGCACUUUUAUAAAAUGAUGCUACUGAUAUCUUUUCUCAUACCAUCAUUGGUGCCAAUAAUUUUUUGGAAUGAAAAUUGGUACUGGGCAUUUAUGACCCAAACAUUUAUGCGAUAUGUGACAGUAUUAAAUUUUACCUCAUUGGUUAAUAGCGCUGCGCACUUGAUGGGAUCCAAACCGUUCAACAAAGAUAUAGAUCCAAGUGACAAUCGUCUAGUGGCAACUCUUGCGAUUGGAGAAGGUUGGCAUAAUUUUCAUCACGUUUUCCCCUGGGACUAUCGCACUGGUGGAAUUGGCAAUCACGAUAUUAAUGUUACAACAAUAUUAAUUAAUCAAUUCGCAAAAAUCGGCUGGGCUUAUGAUUUGAAAACUGCAAGUAAAGAUCUUGUUAUGGCAACGUGCAAAAAACGUGGAGACGGAUCAUUCACGAAUCAUUGGGAAGAAGUUCCAGAACCGAAGAAUUAAAGCAAAAAAAAAAAAAAAAUACAAAUUACUUGAUAAAUGGACAUUUUUUUAUUACAAUAUACUAUGUUCCAAUUUUUAAUAGACUGUUUUUCUCUAAAUUGUUGUUUCGCAAUAAAAUUUCGUUUGUCAAAAA